AUGAGGACAAUCGUGCUGUGUUUUUUCCUAACGUCGCAAGUAUGCAGCGGCCACAAAUUUCCACCUUGGUUCAAAUUUGGCGCAGCGACCUCCUCCUACCAAAUUGAGGGAGCUUGGAAUGUCAGUGAUAAAACUCAGCACAUUUGGGAUACGUACUGUCAUUCAUCGGGGAACAAGUGCUCGAAUGUGAACGCUGAUGAAGGAGCGAAUUCUUAUUACCAGUGGCGAGAUGAUAUACAGGCGGCAGCAGAUUUGGGGCUUGAUUAUUACAGAUUUUCAAUAUCUUGGACGAGAAUUCUUCCAACAGGAUUUCCCAAUAAAAUAAGCGACGAUGGAGUGCGAUAUUACAAUGAUCUCAUCAAUGGUCUGCUCGAAAAAGGAAUCGAACCCGUUGUCACGAUCUACCAUUGGGAGCUGCCGCAAAGCUUACAGGAUCUCGGCGGAUGGACAAACGAACUAAUUAGAACGUGGUUCGCGGACUACGCGCGUGUUUUAUUCUCGUUAUUCGCGGACCGAGUGAAAAUCUGGCUGACUAUUAACGAACCGUUGAUUAUGUGCGCGGCUGCGUACAGCGAGCAUACUGCAAUGGCCCCGGGGGUGAGGGACCCGAAUUAUGGCGCGUUCCUUUGCGCCAAGAACACAAUUAUGGCUCAUGCGCACGCUUGGAGGAUCUACGAUGAGCUGUAUAAGCCGAAAUAUCAUGGGAAAGUCAGUUUGGCUAGCCAAAUAUUCUGGAUGGAGGGAAUAAAUGACGAGGUACAGCAAUUAACGGAGCUCGCGUUUAAAUUAAACGUUAUGUACAUAUACCCCAUCUUCUCUAAAAGAGGUGGCUGGCCAGUGGAAAUAGAAGAAAUCUUCGUGGAACUAAGUAAAAAAGAAGGUUACAGCUCUUCCAGAUUACCACCAUUUACAGACGAAGAGAGGGAGUUUGUUAAAGGCACGUAUGACUAUUUCGGUCUGAACUACUACACGAGUCGUUUAGUAAGACCGACGUUCGACGGGGAAAAGACCUAUUGGCCUUUUAGAGGGAGCCCAGAUCUAGGAGCCGCCCUGGUCCCAGAUGCCUCUUGGAGAGUUUCUGACAAUGUACCUUGGCUUUAUGAAUACCCCAAGGGGCUACGUCAUAUUAUGGAGUGGAUAAAAAAGGAGUUUGGUGAUAUCGAAAUCAUAAUCACAGAGGUCGGAUACGGGGAUUCAGGGAAGGAACCUGACCACAAGAGGAUACGGUAUCACAAGGAGCACUUGGAACAGGUGCAUCUAGCAAUACAAGAGGGUAUUCGGGUUACAGGGUAUAUAGCCUGGAGCCUUAUAGAUACUUUUGAGUGGGAAGCCGGGUAUACCGUGAAAUUCGGCCUUUACAAGGUGGACUAUAACGAUCCUUCCAAAAAGCGCAAACUACGCGCAUCCGGCCUAUACUACGCUGACGUCAUAAAGUCUAGAGACUUCGAUAUUAAACAUAAAUACAUAAGUGAUGAACUGUAA